GCUUUACCGUCUGAUUGCAAUGGAUACAGGGAAGUACAGGUACAUACUAGAACAACAACCCUAUCAAUCCCGUCUGAGUUUCGUUCACUAGAACUCUGAGCGUGAGAAAGUUACGUGAUUGGUCGAAGCCGUUGUCGUUGCUCACCUCGGACACGAUCGUCUCAUAGCCGUGAGGGCGGUCGUAGGUCCAGCCGGUGUCGCACUCUCUCCGCGGCCAGCUCUCCCGCUCGCCGUCGCUGGGCGGCUCCACGCCGCUCAGGUUGAGGUCGAAGCGCCAGCACGACGCCGCGUCGCCCGGGACGUUGUACCGCCAGCGCUCCUCUGCGGCCGCAUCGCACACUUCGGGCAGACGGCACCUGCGCAGGAACAGAAGACUUUUGGACAGCACGACGGAAUGGAACAUCUAUUUGUUUCUCCGCUGCUUUUUAGAACUUGGGUACCUGCAAGUGCUGAUGAUCCAAAUAGUCGAAUGCCUAUUAUUCCACGGUAUUACGAUUCGAAGGUCGUGUAUGAAGAAGAGGUGUAUGCA